AAAAUAUUAUUACAUUGUUAUUAAAAAAAAGAGGUGGGGAGGGAGGGGGGGUUUGGAAACGCCGCCUCCGCCAAGCCUUGCCACAGCCGCCGCCGGGAGAACAAUAGGAAGGUUUAGGAGAGGGACCGGGGCGCGCGCACCCCGGCUGCGCCCCGGGGAUCAACGCGAGCCAGCCGUGGAUGUGACGCGGACGCCCCCCACCCGCGCCCCCCAUAUUUCGCCACAAACUGAGCAGGACGGACUACGUUUGAAUCUGGGGGGAAUAUGAACCAGCAGCAGAGAAUGGCCGCAGCCGGGACCGACAAGGAGCUAAGUGACCUCUUGGAUUUUAGCAUGAUGUUCCCGCUGCCAGUAGCCAAUGGGAAAAACAGACCGACGACUCUGGCUAGCACGCAGUUCGGAGGAUCAGCAGGUUUGGACGAGCGGCCGGCCUCUGGUUCCUGGGCAGUAGGAGAUCAGAAUAACUCCACGUUUGACCAAGUCAGGCAGGGCUACGGCGAGGGCUCCCACUACGGCGAGCACAGAGAACUCCCAUCCCAUAAUAGCCUAUCUUCGUCAUCAUUCCUGGGGUCUGGGAUCGUAGGGAAAGGCACAGAAAGAGGUGCCUACCCGUUCGGAAGAGAUAUGCCGGCUCUGAACCAGCCCGGCUUCCUGCCCGGCGAAAUGGGGAUUUCGAGCCCCAGUGCAUUGUCGCCGACGGGGGUGAAGGGCAGUUCGCAAUAUUACCCGUACGCCAACAACCCUCGCCGGAGAGGGGCGGACAGCAGCAUAGACGGACAGCCGAAAAAAGUCCGGAAAGUUCCUCCAGGACUUCCCUCUUCGGUAUAUCCACCCAACUCAGGUGACGACUAUAGCAGGGAACCGGCCAGCUACCCCCCAUCCAAAGCCCCCAGCACUGUCUACCCUGGAGCCUUUUACAUGCCAGAUGGACUUCACAACUCGGCGGAUUUGUGGAAUUCCUCAACCUCCAUCAGCCAGUCUAAUUACGGGGCCAUUCUGGGAGCGUCAUCCUCUCCUCUCCCGCAAUCCGGCAACUUCAGCAGUCUUCAUCAGCACGAAAGGAUGAACUACCCCAUGCAUUCAGGAGAAGUGAACGGCGGACUCCCUUCGGUCUCGGGCUUUUCCUCAGCCUCCAACCAGUACGGAGUCUCCAGCCACACGCCCCCUAUCAGCGGGACAGAGAGCGUCAUGGGUAACCGAGGAACCACUGCUGGAAGUUCAGGAGAUGCGCUUGGCAAAGCAUUGGCUUCGAUCUACUCCCCAGAUCACUCUAGCAAUAAUUUCUCUUCGAACCCAUCCACACCGGUGGGCUCCCCUCAGGGAAUAACAGGUUCUUCGCAGUGGCCCCGGGCUGGCGGACAGGGUGCCUUAUCCCCAAGCUAUGAAGGGACACUUCAUACUUUGCAAAACAAGAUGGAAGACCACUUGGACGAAGCCAUCCACGUCCUCCGGAACCAUGCGGUGGGGCAGAGCAACCACAGGGAUAUUCACGACUUGCUGGCGUCGGCGGCGUCGGCUCACGGCACGACGGUGGGCAGCCUCAGCCAAUCCUUCCCUCCCGCCUCUGUGUUGCCAAUCGCCAAUAGGCACUCAAAUCUGGUGGCGGGGGGCCAUUCGGAAGACGGGAUUCCCAGCAACCCCACUCUCCUCCACAAUCACGUCCCUCUCCCAGCCCAGCCCAGCUCGCUUCCGGACCUCAACAGAGGCCAGUCUUCAGAUGCCUUCAGCGGCUUGACAGGGGGCCUGGGACGGGCCAGUGUCUCGUCCGGCACCAGCGAGAUCAAGCGUGAGGAUAAGGAAGACGAUGAAAACACGUCGGUGGCCGACAACUCGGAGGAGGAGAAGAAGGAGCUGAAGGCGUCGCGAAACCGAACAAGGUGCUCAUUGAACAGUCAAGAUGAGGAUGAGGAUGACGACCUCCUUCCCCCAGAGCAAAAAGCCGAGCGCGAGAAAGAGAGGAGGGUGGCUAAUAACGCCCGAGAGCGCCUCCGCGUCCGUGACAUCAACGAGGCUUUUAAAGAGCUGGGGCGCAUGUGUCAGCUGCACCUAAACAGCGAAAAGCCACAGACCAAACUGCUCAUUCUACACCAGGCCGUCUCGGUUAUCCUGAAUCUGGAACAACAAGUUAGAGAACGUAACCUGAACCCAAAAGCAGCCUGCCUAAAGCGCCGUGAAGAGGAGAAAGUGUCUGGCGUCGUCGGGGACCCUCAAAUGGCGCUCUCGGCAUCUCAUCCAGGUCUAGGAGAUGGGCACAACCCUGUAGGACAUAUGUAAAGGUGAUUUAUUUUCUUCGCCCUGCAAGCAGACAUCUGUAGGAAGAAGAGAAAGCUGGAUCUCUCACACAUCCCCCUCUCCUCCAUUCCCCGACAACCACCACCUGUCAGCACCAGAAACUCUAGUCCUGUUUCAAAUACCGACGUGCGGUCCUUUUUUUGGGGAGGGGGGAAACGGGCAGAGAAAAGUUCAGCGUGCUAGAAGGAACUUUUCUCUUUCUUUCUCUCUCUCUCUCUCUCUCUCUAAAGGAAAGGAAAAGCAACAAGUUUUUUCAAAACGGAAAAAAAAAAUCAACAGCAAAGAUUGCCUUAAGUCUAUAUUCUCGAACUUUGAGUGCAUAUCCUUCAGUUACCAAGUUUCGGGGGGGGGGGUUGUUUGCGGGGAUGUGUAACAUUACAAAUGGCUUGUGUUCACAUAAGGCCAGCAAAAAGAAAAAAGAAAUUGUGCCUACGCAUUUUAUUUUUAUUUUCUUUCUUUCUUUUUUUAAAAAAGAGAACAUUAGUUACAAUAAUUUUUUUUAAACGUAGAACAAACAUAGUAAUGCCUUUUGUGGAGCUGGGGGGGUUUUGUUGUUUCGUUUUGGGUUGUUUUUUUAGCUUCUUUUGCGUAUAUGUUUUGUAAGCAAUGACGGGGAGGGAAAAAGACGUGUAAAAAAAACGAAGAGAUUUGUUUCUCCCCCCCCAAUCGAACCGCUUUUUAUUUCCGCCCCCCUUCCCUCUUAUAUCUUUUCUCUGCUGCUGUUUCUAUAGUUAAUGUUGCAUAUUAUUUUUUAAAAAAUUAAGAUCAACCAGAAAUAUUAAAAGUUUGUAUUAAGAGGA